UUGGUGAAGUAGCUUCGUUGGUUGUUUGAGGUGUUGAGCUCGGCAGCUCCUGAGCCCAGCUCCCCGCGGGGAUGGGUUACCUGAAGCUGCUGGUGGUGAAGGACUUCAAGUCAUGGAGGGGCCAGCAGGUUAUCGGGCCCUUCAUGAGGUUCAACUGCAUCAUCGGGCCCAAUGGAUCAGGAAAAUCUAACAUAAUGGAUGCUGUUAGCUUUGUGAUGUGUGAAAAAACAUCAAACUUGCGAGUUAAAAGUGUUCGAGAACUUAUUCAUGGAGCACACGUUGGAAAACCUGUUUCUUCUACAGCCAGCGUGAAGAUUGUGUAUUGUGAGGAAGAUGGGGAAGAAAAAACAUUUUCAAGAGUUAUCCGUGGUAGUUGUUCUGAGUUUCUUUUCAAUGACAAGUCUGUCAGCCGAUCUGCUUACAUAUCUGAGCUAGAAAAAAUAGGCAUUCUUGUCAAGGCCAGGAACUGCCUUAUUUUUCAGGGAACAGUAGAGUCAAUUGCCAUGAAGAAGCCAAAGGAGAGAACUCAACUUUUUGAACAAAUUAGUAAUUCAUGGGAAUAUGCUGAAGACUAUGAACAAAAAAAGAAGAAAAUGCAGCAAGCAGAAGAGGAUGCACAGUUUAAUUAUAACAAGAAAAAAAGUGUGGCAGCAGAACGCAAACAAGCAAGGAUAGAAAAAGAGGAGGCAGAGCAUUACCAGAUGUUAAUCAAGGAACUGGAUGAAGAAAGGAUACAGCUGCAGCUUUUUCAGCUUUAUCACAAUGGAAAACAAAUUAGCUUUCUGAAAAACAAUUUGGAUGAAAAGAAUAUGGAGGCUCAUAUCAAGAAAGAGGCUCUUUCUACAGCAGAAGAUUCAUUUAAAGUCAAGAAAAAAAUGUUUGGGAUACUAAACAGGGACCAACAGCAUAUGGAAAAAGAAAUGAAGACUCUGGAGGCAUCACUGAUUCAGCAGAGACCCCUCUAUAUAAAGGCAAAGGAAAACACAUCCUACCAAAUCAAGAAAGUAGAAAUGUCUAAAAGAUCUCUGAGGGACAAGGAGAAAGCCUGUGAUAAAGAAAAGCAGAACAUAAAAGAGCUGGAGAUGGAAUUGAGUGAUAUUGAGAAGGCAUGGAGAGCAUUUGAGGAGAAAACUGAAGAAGAGAGAAUGGAGAGAGCAGAAGAUAUUGAGCUGGGGGAAAGUCAGUUAGAGCGAUACAAAGAGCUAAAGGAAGUGGCAAGAAAGAAAGUAGCUACACUGGCCCAGCAGCUGGAAAAGCUUCGUUGGGAAGAUAAAGGAGAUCAAGAAAGGCUGAAACUUAAUCGCAGGAAGAAAAAUGAAAUUGAGGAAACCAUUAAACAGACUGUGGAACAGGUAGAAGAGCAUGAAAAACGCAUAGAGAAGUUGGAAGAAUAUGCUAAAGUAUGCAUUGGAUCACUAACAGAAAAAAAGCAGCAGGAGGAAGCGCUGGCUAAGGAAAUUGAGAAUGCAACAAUCCGAAUGGCUGAAGUGAACGAAGACUUGAACAAAAUCGUUGGUGAGCUGCAGAAUGCCAAGAUUGAUUACCAUGAAGGGAGGCGUGAGCAGAUGAGAGCAGAGAUCCUGGAAAGUCUAAAAAGGCUCUAUCCAGAUUCUGUGUUUGGAAGAUUGCUUGACCUGUGUCAUCCUAUUCAUAAAAAAUACCAGCUUGCUGUUACCAAGGUGUUCAGCAAAUACAUGACUGCUAUUGUUGUUGCCACUGAAAAAAUAGCAAGAGAUUGCAUUCGGUUCCUGAAACAGGAACGAGCUGAGCCUGAAACUUUUCUUGCUUUGGAUUACCUUGAUGUUAAACCAAUUAACGAGAAGCUAAGGGAGAUAAAAGAAGCUAAAAUGAUGGUGGAUGUUGUACAAACCCAAUUUGCUCCACUGAAAAAAGUGAUUCAGUUUGUGAGUGGGAAUGCCUUGAUCUGUGAAACCAUUAAGGAAGCAAAACACAUUGCAUUUGAUGGACCAGUGAGGCUGAAAACAGUGUCUCUUGAUGGAACUUUAUUUUUGAAAUCUGGAGUGAUUUCUGGAGGAUCAAGUGAUUUAAGAUUUAAAGCUAGAUGUUGGGAUGAGAAAGAAAUGAAUAAAAUGAAAGAAAGAAGAGAUAGCUUGAUUACUGAGUUAAAGGACCUGAUGAGGAUCAGACGGAAGGAGGCUGACCUGAAGCAGCUGCGUGCUCAGUGCCAAGGAACUCAGACUCGACUUAAAUAUUCACAGAGUGAAUUAGACAUCAUUAAAAAGAAACAUCUUGCUAAUCUCUUCAUGGAAAAAUCAAAACUGGAAAGUGAACUGGUAAAUAUUGAGGCUCAGUAUGAUAUGCUGAAUGAAGGAAUAGUGCAGAGAAAGGAAAAAAUAGAAGAGUUUCAGAGGAAAAUUAACAAGGUUGAAGAUGAUGUUUUCCAGGAGUUCUGUGAAGAAAUUGGUAUAGAAAAUAUUCGUGUGUAUGAACAAGAGCAUGUGAGACAGCAAGAGGAGAUUGAUAAGAGAAGACUGGAGUUUGAAAAUCAGAGGACACGACUGAACAUUCAGCUGGAGUAUAACCGUGAUCAUCUGCAAAAAUUAACAAACUCAGUCAGCAAGUUGAGGGAGACAAUUCAUAAAGAUGAAGCUGAGAUUGUCAAGCUACAGAAGGAUGAGGAAAAGCUUCUAAAAAAAGUGAAUGAACUUUUGGAGGAGCAGCAACGCCUUAAGGAUAAACUAAGUGCUCAUAAAGCUGAGCUUGCAAAAAGCCAAAAUGAAGUUGAAGAGUUCAGAAAGACAAUGUUAACUCUUAACAGAGAAGCCACAAAGUUGCAGAGGGAAGCUACAGCUCUGGAAACCUCCCUGGAAGAGAUGAGAUUAAGGGGACACAAUCUGCUGCUUGAGUGCAAGGUGCAGGACUUGAAAAUCAAGUUACUGGCUGGAUCACUGGAUGACAUCAGUGAAGUAGAGCCAGGAGCUGAACUAGAAGGAACCCAGGCUUUAUUAGGGAUCUAUGAAAGGGAAGAGGGAAUUCAGAUAGACUACAGCACCCUAGAAGCCAACCUAAAGGAACUAGAAUCUGAUAAAGAUAUAGAGGAUCAAGUGAAGCAAAUGCAGCAAGAAAUCAAAGCUAAAGAGGUCACAUUAAUGAAGACAGCUGCUCCAAACCUGAGGGCAGGGGAGAAGUUACUGAUAGCUCGGGACAAGUUCCAGGAAUCGACAGAUGCUUUUGAGAACAGCAGAAAGGAGGCCAGAAUACGCAAGCAGGAAUUUGAAGAGGUGAAAAAAAGGAGAUAUGAGCUGUUCAGCAGGUGCUUUGAGCAUGCCUGCAUAGCCAUUGACAGGAUCUACAAGAGGCUCUGCAGGAACAGCAGUGCUCAGGCAUUCCUUAGCCCAGAAAACCCUGAGGAGCCCUAUCUGGAAGGGGUUGGAUUUCACUGCGUGGCUCCGGGCAAGCGCUUCAUGCCCAUGGACAGCUUGUCAGGAGGGGAAAAAACUGUGGCAGCCCUGGCUCUGGUGUUUGCUGUGCACAGCUUUCGUCCAGCUCCUUUUUUUAUUUUGGAUGAGAUAGAUGCUGCACUGGACAACACAAACAUUGAUAAAGUCUCGAGUUUCAUUAGAGAACAGGCACAUGAGCAGUUCCAAAUGAUAGUCAUUUCCCUGAAGGAAGAGUUCUAUUGCAAGGCAGAUGCACUGAUUGGAGUGUGUCCUGAGUACGAUGAUAUCAUGUUCAGCCAAGUCCUGACCCUGGAUCUUACCGAGUACCCCGAGGAGGAGGAGCAGGACACAGCAGAGAAGCCCAGCCAAGGUUCUUUCUUCCAGUAGUGCAUGGAUGGUGUCAGGGCCAGGUGACAGCAGGAACUGGGCUCACAGCUGGCUGUUGCAAACCUGAGUUUGAAUGGGGCUGUUAGAGGUUGACAGGGAAAUUUAAUGUUCACUUUUCAGGUGAAGCAGUUUUGCAGAUUAAGGGAAUCGGCUGCUACUCCUUGAUGCAGUUUUGUUAAGGAGUGAGAGCCUGAGGCUGUUUCUGAGGUGUGCACACUGGUACCCAAAGCUUUCAUUCCAAGUAUUUUGGCUGUAAGAAGUGCUGCAGGUUCAUUUCCAUAAGCAGGGUAUCCCAAAGAACAAGCCUCUUGUUUUUUGUAGGAAAAGUCCACAGUGCCAGCAUGCUGUUCAGUCAGGACCUUUUGUGUUGUACCUGCCUCUAUUUGCCUUCAGAAUAGGAUUAUUUCUUCUUUUCUAAAACAGUAAGGUACU